AUGAAUUUCAAUGAUCUUCCGUCACCGAUUAGGACGUCAUUCGACGCGAGAUUUGUCAGUCCCUAUCAGACGUCAUCAAACCAACGCAACGCUCAGUCACGUGGGCAGGCUAUUCCCGCACGUGUAACAUCCAGAAAUACUGCUCACCCAACCAUUCUCCGUAUCCCACUGCGCAUGCCUGAGCCUUCCCAACUUCCUCUUAGACCACGUGGGAUGACAUCAGGCAUACCGCGACCUAUUCCACGUCAGGGGACAAUGGCCAGACAUAUGAAACCAGUUGCGAACAAAGUUCUCGAAGUCACUUCACCAAGAAACCAAUUAAGUAAACGUAUGAGGUUUCCCGGGCCGUUUGCUCUCCACAGACUCCCAAAGCAACCUGUUCAAGAGCAAAUAUCACGAAGGAAACAAAUUGCAAUACCAGUGAAAGUACCAAUCUCACAGACUGUGCCAUUGUCACAACAAAAUACCAUUCAGACAAAGUCUCAACUACCAACGCCAAUUAUUGAUUCUCAAGCGAAAUCUGAUGUUUUAAGCUUGGGCAUGGCUAAUAAUGAAUUCAAUGUGAAAUUAAACAUUCUAAACGGUGCCGAACACACUGUUUUGAAUGAUAGAACAGCAUUUUCUAAUCAUGGAGUGACGCAUUUAAAUAUUGAGCCUCUUUUAACUGAUAAUGGAGCCAUUGUUUUGAAUAAAGAAGUCAUGCAUCAUAAUAAUAUACAUGUACCUGCACUCCCAGGCAGCGCAGCUACCGUCUCUAAUAACAGUGUAGAUACAUUUAAUAUUGGAGGCCAACAUUCUAAUAAUGGAGGUACAUUUUCAAAUACUGGAGCAAUACAUUCUAAUAUAGGAGCAUCACCUCUCACAAACAACAUACAGGUUACAAAGUUAUCACCUGGGAAUGAUCCGCUCUUUGACGAACUUGUCAACGAAUUUACUAAGGCAUUACAAGAUUCAACAUCAUUAAACACCCACACGCAUGCGCACAAUGGACACGCCAACACCCAUGCGCAUCAACCUCUAACACCUACCCAACACCUUGCAAACUUCCAUCCACAGACAGCGUUUGCCCAUAUGCAAUUUGGGGGCCCCUUUGGUGUGAAUCCCUGGUUUAUGGACCCUGCAGCGAGACAGGAGAUGCUCUUUGGAGACACAACAGACCCACCCCCACCCCCGACACAACCUACCACUACAACAACAGCCCCAGCGACCACUGUUCCAAUCCCUAUCGCUACUGAUGUCAAUGUUGCUAAAGUGACAUCUAAGACGGUAGUUCAUGCAACAUCUGUAGCGAAUGUUACAACUAAAGUCAUUACUGACUCCGUGAACAUUGCUGGUCCUGCAGUCACCAACUCUUCUGUUGCCACAGACCAUACACUCCUUACAAAAUCACCGAAAUUGACCGCUGUCGCAUCAAGUAGUCAUAUCGAUUCAUCUACAAAAGCCUCAAAUGUCAGUCGUCAAAUUGAUGCAAAGCCAUUUAAGACGGAACCAAUUCCGGAUAUUGUCAAAACAAUCAAUAAGAAGAUCGGAACGGAGAAGGCCAUGCUUACUUUGAAUGAAACUAAAACAACUGAUGCUAAAAAUAGAUCGUCUCCAAAAUUUACUAUCAAUUCCCGAAUACUGGCGGAAAUAACCGGAAUGCUUUCGAAUAGUAAAAUUGACAUGAAUACAAUUUUAGCGGCAAUUGUCCUUGCGUCUAAACAAAUGGGCGGCCUCCCUCCAGACCUGGUAGCUUUGACAGCGAAACUUGGUAUAGACAUCCCUCCUAAUCCAGCAACGCCGUCCACCAUUCGCAUGGAGACCAUCCCAUCUAAAGAGCAGCUUGGUAUUGCAUACACUGAAUCAGGUCUACCGACAACCAGGACAGUAUCUAAGGACACAAUAGCUCGAUUGAAGGGGUCGACUCGAGGGGUAGUUGUUUAUCCUCCAACAACACCGGCAGCAACUUCUGGUUCCGGUGUAAGUAACGUAACACCGAAAUAUAAACUUCCGAGUGACAUUAAAGUGGUUGUAGUGCCUAUUAAUUUCAAAGAUGCUCCUAGCAAACCAAAUGUGGAGUUGCCAAUUAGUAAGAACAAGCAUUUAAACUCUGUCCCAAUGGUAGAAAAUGCAACAUUGCUUCCCGUGUCUGGAACCGUUCACCAAGACAUUCCAGUGUUGCAAUCAGUUUCCGGUAAAGGUCACCAAGAAGUUCCAACGUUGCCACCAAUGUCUGGCAAAGGUCAUCAGGAAACUGCAUCGUUGCUACCAGUUUCUGGCAAAGGUCUCACUGAAAAUUCAACGUUGCCACCAAUGACUGGCAAAAAUCAUCAAGAAAUUUCAACGUUGCCACCAGUGACUGGCAAAGGUCAUCAGGAAAUUUCAACAUCUAUUUCUAGUGAAGGUCAUCCUAAAAAUACAACGUUGCCAACAAUUUCUGGCAAAGGUCAACCUGAAAUUCCAACGUUGCCGCCAAAAUCGGACAAAGGCCAUCCAGAGAUAUAUCAAACACUCAAAACAAUACUAGACCAUAAUCCUAAAGCAAUCGUUGAUGCCAUAGUUGAUAAUAUCACAACUUCAGCGCCUAACACUGAACAUGUGAAACUUACAGUUAAAAGUUUAGUUGAUAAUAGAAAAGAUGGUCACCUACCAAAUCUUCACGCCAUGUUAACAGAUAUACAUGUAUCUAAGAGUGGAGGAAAUGUAUCGACUAAUGCAACACAUUUUAAGGACAGCGCUCCCUACUCUGUGACCGUAGAAAAUGCGUCUUCAGAUGUUAAAGCAGCAAAUAAUACUAACGAUUUAACACUACCAAAACCGGUAACCUUCCGAUUUGUUCCAAUCAUGGCGAAUGUUGAAGGCGUUCCCAUACAUGUAGAGAAGAUAAUUCCAACAGACUUACCUCUUACCCAAACUACUCAACAAGACGUUCCAUGGAUUCUAACUACUCAACAACCAGUUACGCCAGCGUUUCAACCAAUAGGCGGGCUCCAAGAUGUCAUCAAUCAAGCGAAUCAGAUGGGUUUGGACUCAACUGGAGUGUUAGCGGUACUGAAUCAAAUUAAAAAUUACAAGCCUUCCAACAGCUCAAAGGCCAAUAGUCAAGAUGCUUUACUAGCUAAGAAAUUGUCUGAUCCAGUAUUUGUCAACCAAUUAAAGCAGACUCUGAUGAAAAUGAUUAAAAAAACACAAGCUACAACUUCUACAACUAUUCAACCGGAAGUCAUAACUACUACGUCACUUCCGCUGUCAUCAACUGAAGAAUUUGAGCUGGAUGAAAUUAUGACAGCUCCUCCUUCUUAA